AUGUGCACGUGUGUGCUGUGGCUGGCGUGUCUGGCCGGGCUGCUCGGCCCCUCUCUCGGCUGCUACCGCUGCUUCGUGGCGGUGGAGGACAGUCUCCGGCUGUGCUGGGGUCACGUCGUGGCCGAGCACGGCAUCAGAAAUGUGGACGGCUGCUUCCAGAAGCUGGACAGCAUCUUCAACAACGACCAGGCCGUCAUUGACGCCGGAAAAGUGGGCAGAGGAUAUGACAAGCAGCUGAAGCAGAUCCUGGAUGCAGAGAUUUUACCCAUCGUGGAGGAGUUUGACCGAAAAGAGAACAAUGACUAUGUGUACGAGCAAAGGUUGCAGACGGCGGCAGACAAUUUCAUCGCUGCUGCCUCCAAACUGCCUAGAGUGUCUGGAUGUUUCCCUCCGUGCGGGUUUCAGAGUGCAGGUGCGGAGUACAACUGCAUCACCUGCCAGUACGACUCCUGUGAAUUCCCCCUCGACUGCCCAGUCGAGGAAAUUAAAGUAAUGGAGAGGAGCAGGAGCCGGAUGCGCUGCGACGUGCCUUUUGCCCUGUCGGAUGAGAUUGAGGUGAUCUGGAGGUUUGCAGAGGAGGUGAGAACCCAGCAGGUGGAUCACUUCAAGGAGGUGACGGUGGGCGUGGACAGGCUGUACUCCAUCCCUUCCACCGGCCUCCAUCAUCAGGGCACCUACCAGUGUGAGAUCUACUCCGGACGGCGCUCCGUCGUCAGGCUGUACUUCUACCUGGCAGUGACCCCCCAGGCUGUGGCAGGCCACACAGAGCUGCAGGAGAUAUUUGACCUCUCUCUGCUCCCAGGAGGGCAGUUAGUCCCUCAGACUGGUGCUCCUCCGCCCUCCUCCGCCUCCUCCUUCCUCCGCCUCCCUCUGACGGUGCUUCUCAUGGCCUGUUUAACCGCUUCGCUGCUGCUGCUCUUCCUCUCCCUCGGGUAA